AUGCUGCAAGCGACGCUAUCGUCCUCCAAUAAACAGGGUCUUAGAGAUUCUCGUCCACUCCUUCCCAUCGUAGACUUGACAGCGAACAACGCUGGCGAACCGUUCAUAAAACCCCUACAAAUUCCUUCCAUCACGUUGUCCUCCGAUGGUUCUCUCGCAUCUCGGCGUCUUAGCUCAACACCCGGAAGGAAGCCUUUACGUUCAUCACCUUUAGCUGGGCCAUCAGUCUCGCCCCUUAUCAUCAUCGAUGACGCCGACCAUGAUAAUCAGUCAGACACUCUCAAACUCUCCAAGCCAGAGGUGAUCGCGUUUCCUCAAAUCCCCGAGAAAACAUUGGUCCCGAGAUCGAAGUCUUUCGAGGGCAUCAUGCCUAUCCAUGAUUAUUGCAUUUCGAUGGCCCGGGACGCUUCACCAAACUCAACCUUGUCGCCGUUGGAUACGUUGCGUCGUCGGGAGAAACACAAAUCACAGCGCCCACAGCGCCCACGGAGCGCUCACUCUCCCACAGACGCCUAUAAUUUUUCUCCCUCGCGGGACUGUUCAGAAUCCGCUACUGACGAUAGCGCCCGUCGUUGCAUGACCUCCUCUGGCCCCUCCUCACGUCGACCUCACUCCUUUUACAUAGAUCCAACUGCUAUCCCUAACGGGCCACAUCAUCUCCCGGGCUCCGAACCGCAUUCACCUCCCUUACCUACCGACAAUUCGUGGUACAUUGCCUCCCCUUACGACGUUACACCUCGCUUUACUAGAUUAGGCCUCGCUUCUUCGGGUGUGGUCCUCCCAGUUUCUGCAAAGGCGCAUCGUCCUGGCAAACCCUCGACCUUACGCUUACAUUCUUCCCCCUCCUUAAGUACCCUGAUACCUCGAUCCACGAUACCAAACAAACGUGUCAAAAGCGCUGGAUCGACUCCUUCAAACUCUGUCCUCCAUUUGACGAGCAGCACACCAAGUCUAACUCUGUCGUCUAGCAACGAGUCAGUCACCGACAGUGGCCCACCGACACCCAGCCCCACGAGUAUGACGGAUCUUUCAGCACCCACUGGCACCUUUGCGAGCACGACGGACGUUUCACUGUCGCAGACAUCAGACCAUCAAGGACGACGAAAGUUCUCAUUCUCCCGCAUGCGGAAGAGCUCUUUGCGUCGUGUUAAAAGCCUCUGCUUCAAGUCUACACACACGAAUCCUUACCCAUCCUUUGAAAAGGAGAUCGUUCUCGCUGGUAGCCCACAUGAACCUUUUGUCCUAUCGCAGGCUGUCGACUCUAGCACUCCUAAUAAGACGAGUUUCCUUGACGUGGAGGAGUUGGCGGUUCGAAAUGAGCCGCAGUCCACCCUCAAGCCUGAGCCCUUACCGAGUAGAAGAGGUACGAUCAAGAGGAUGUGGAAGUCGUUGGCUGGUGGCGGUAGAAAUCGCUCUUGA